CUGGAAAAGAAACACAUCUAUACUGACUUCUGGGGUUGGCAAACUCCAAGUCAAUCAAGAGUGCCAAUAGAAGUCAAUGCACAUGAAUGUGAAAAAAUGCGUGAUUCCCGAUUGUGCCAUGGCAAAAGCAUGGACUACUUAGGAAACAAUAAGUGGUCGUUCGAACGUAUUCCAAACGUGCAGGGUAGCUGGCUUCAAGUCACAGGUGAUCAGCUGAUCAACUGUCGAUUAGAAGAAGUUACUUUAGAAACUGAGUGCGCUAACUGUACGAUAAGUUCACCCAUUGGCGAUAUACCGGGAGGGAUCAACGGAUCCGUUUCUCACAACCUAGUGACCAUUGUCUGGAAAGAAUCGUUAAGAGAAGUUCAACAGUGCAAACUAAGGCUUGUGGAAACAGGUAUCGCUCAACGUUACCUGACUAACAACAGUGAAAUAGAAAGAAUUCGUGACGUCGAACAACAACUUGACUUUGUUUACAAUACAACUAACAAAGAAUAUUGUAAUUCAUCCGAAAAAAGUUACAAACAAGUAAUCGGAAUGGACAAAGUUAUUUUACGUUUACAUUCUUUAACUGAUACCAACGCUCAUCCGAGUAAACCACUGGAAGAAGACAUCGAAAAAAUUGCUGACAUUAUCCGGGCUGAAAUCAGCGGAGCAGCAAAUUCUCAAUACGCACGAGACCGAACUACCGAUGGAAUAAAUGGAGUGGCUCGAGAGAUUCGAGCUCUGCAAUGUGAAAAUCGAGUGCUGGCACACAAAACUGCUAUCGCCACCGCACAACACAGUGGAUGGCUUGCUGCCAGUUACCUUAAUUUACCCACAUGUAGCAAAUUGAUAGCCACUGGUGAAUCGAUCAGCGUCUAUCAAUGCUCCCCAAAAAAUUCAACGAUCACCACUGAAAUCACAAGCUGUGGUCCUCAACCUAAACUCGGCGACUACACUUUAGACACUGAAGGAUGGGAACUGACGCCUUACACCCCCUGUUACUGGCACAAAAAUUUCGUCAACAUCAACGGUCGAGCACAUUUCUACAAAAACAGUUCUUGGCAUCCAAUCGUCCCCGGUGUAAUAAUCCAAGGACAUAGUUUGAUCAACACUUUGCCGUAUGAAAUUGAUAAGCUACUCGCACUUAGUUUACACCCCGCGCUAACCCACCCGAUGAGCACCGCAGCUGCAAUCGCCGAGAUAAUUGCUGCUGCUAAAGAAGAACAUAGCAUCGACCUUGGAAAUCCUUUU